GUUAUUUGUUUAUUCAAGGGGAACAUAGGUCCUAUCAUCUGUUAAUUAAAUUUCUGCACUCUUUGUUCUAAUCCUCUUCAGUUUCUGGAAUAAUUUUUUCCUCUAAUCUUUUUUGUUUAGGUCUCUGAGUUCUGGCGUUGAUGUUCUUUUUUGAUAUAUCUUAGCUUCUUUAAUCAUAUUACUGUUUUCAUUUUAUAGUGUGAAGAAGUAUGCCGCCUUGGAUUGAUGAGGCGCUAUCGGCUUAAACCACACAUAUAUAGUCUUUUCUAUAUGGCUCAUACAAAGGGAACUCCUGUUGCGGCUCCCACUUUUUUUGCUGAUCCACGAGAUUCUCACUUGAUGGCAGUUGAAAAUUCCUUUCUGCUGGGACCGCUUUUAAUUUGUGCCAGCACUGUACCUGAGCAAUGUUCACAUGAACUGUCACAUGUGCUGCCAAAUGGAAUCUGGUUGCGCUUUGAUUUUGGUGAUGCACAUCCAGAUUUGCCAACUUUCUAUCUGCAAGGUGGUUCAAUUAUCCCUACAGGUCCUCCUCUUCAUCAUGUCGGCGAGGCAAAACCAACUGAUGAGAUAUCACUCAUUAUUGCUUUAGACAAAGAUG